CGUCUUUACCUCUUUUGGACCUCCAGCUUGCCAUACAAAAACAACAAUGGCGUCUUCUGCGGAUGUUCACGUCCGAAUUUGCGCACAAGAAAUUAUCAAAUAUGAUCUGGAAAUUAAAGCUCUCAUUCAGGACAUCAGGGAUUGUCCAGGACCUCAGUCUGCUCUUGUGGAGCUCAAUGCUCAGGUCAAAGAGAAAUUCAACAAGCUGAGGCUCAGAAUUCAGGAUCUGGAGCAGAUGGCCAAAGAGCAGGACAAAGAGUCAGACAGAGUGGCCAUCCAAACAGAGACCGAGAGCCAAUGGAAGCAGAUGCUGAGCAACCAGACAGCGUGGAGAAAAGCUAACCUGGCUUGUAAACUUGCCAUAGACAACAUGGAGAAGGACGAACUGCUGCAUGGUGAGGAAAACCACAACACCAGACAGAGGAAAGCAACCAAGGAAAAUUUAGUGGAAACCAGCAGCAACAUCACAGAGAGUCUGAUGUCUAUCAGCAGGAUGAUGUCUGAACAGGUGAAGCAGAGUGAGGACACCAUUGGCACUCUAGCCACCUCAUCCAGGACGGUGCAGGAAACCAACGAGGAGUUUAAAAGCAUGACAGGAACCAUUCACCUGGGCAGGAAGCUCAUCCUGAAGUACAACCGGCGGGAGCUGACAGACAAGCUGCUCAUCUUCCUUGCACUAGCCCUCUUCUUUGCCACCGUCCUCUACAUCCUCAAGAAACGUCUCUUCCCCUUCAUUUAGUCGGCCGCCUGGGUCUGUUUUUCCUCAAGGACAUGGGGACUGGCUUGGAAGGAGUUAACACAGUGAAUUGUAGGAGGUAUGAAGUAGAAGCAUGAACCACAUGGACUCUUAGAAGCAGCACUGAAACUGGACUGUAGCACACAGAGGCGGCGUGAAGUGGGAACGUGUUACUUCUUACAUAUAAUAUGCAAUAUGAAGGGUUGGAAAAUAUCUGAAGCUCAAGAUCCACUUCAGCAGUGAAAGGAGCAAAGUGAGUAAAACUGACAUCCAGAGUUUCAUAGAAAACAUUAAGAAGCCACAGCCUGCCUCGAGUAGAUAUGGUUAUACAAUGUAUUGUCAAAAGUUUGAACGCAUGUUGCAAAUGGUCACAGUUGAAGAAGGGAUCUGCUGCUUUUUAGCCUUUUCCUUGAUGCCUCACACUGCCUCCCUGGUGUUACAGUAAGGACUCUGUUAUCCUAAUGUGACCAUUUCUAUCAUUCUGGAUGAUGGGUCUUUUUCAGAAAGCCUGAACUUGAGGAAAUUCAUGUGUUUACAUUGAAAUUUACAUUAAAUUGAAGUAAAUACAGAGAGCUUAAAGGUUCAGAUGCUCAUAUUUGCCAAAUUGUGUGCAGUUUUUGAAAUGUUGAUACCUUAAAGCACACUGUAGGUUUCACAAUGCAAUAAGACAGCAUCUAAAGAUCAGCAGCCUGUAUGCUCAUGUAAUAUCUCUUUGUACCCCUUAAGUCCAGCGUAAAAGGAAGAAAAGGUAGUCUGCGAUUCUGCCCUCAUGUCAGUCAUGUUGAAAGGUUGGGAGUUAGAGACUAAAGCAAGGGACCACUGGAGGCUUGUUUUAAGCCUCGAUUGCUGCAAAUAAACAAAAUCCAUCCAAAGAGGUGAUCUGCGUGAUAAAAUGUUUCAGCUUAUGCAAAAUAUUCACGUCCUCCAAGCAGAGGGCAACCUUAUUUGAAUUCAGCUGGAGCUUCACUUUUACAGAGAUGGGAAGAAAAGAGGGGGACAGAAAAGUGAGCAACAUUGUAGGACUCCAUCUACUCCUGUUGAGUCAUGGUUGGUUUCUGAGCUGUAGUAGUAUCUUCUGACUUAACCAGCCUUUAAUUCUACAGCUUAAGAGAA